AUGGCUGAUCGCCUGGCCGUGGAUGUCGAGUGCCCGCCGCUGAGCGGCUGCCCAUCCAUCACGUCAAACUAUUCGCCUAUGGAAUCGCCAACGCCAACCCCCACGAGUCUUUACAGCCAGGGUUCCCUGGCUUCGCCCGGGUGGCACGAAGGUGCCUCGUUCGCCGGGCACCCCUACGAGCGCCACACUGCAAGCACUCCGCUCCGAAGCAGCUUUCGCCUGGCCGACGUCACCAACGAUGGCACCGGUAUGCCGGUCGCCAACAUGGAUCUCCCAGAGCGUAUGCCGCUACCGGACUACAUGUCUGGCUACGACGAAAAUGUCGAGCAGUUUUGGAUCCCAUCCGACAUGCCGAAAACAUACGAUCCUCAGGCCUCGUUUCCGUCGCAGGGCGGUAUGAUGCCCUACCCACAAAUGGCACGCAACUACUACCGCCAGCAUCCCCCGGCCACCUAUCUGCCGGAAUCCGCCUCUAAUCCUUGUCUGUCACGUCCAAUGUUCAACCAGCCCGAGCGUAUCCCUAACUCGGUAUCGAUGAGUAACAUCCUGCAAUGGAUGCCGACAGCCGAAUCCAUGCCACCGCAGACCAUCACCCCGUCGCAGGCCUUCCAUCAAGCUCCCGUCACGCCCCCGCCUUCGUACUCGGAGUUCCACACCAGUCUCAACGCAUUCAAGAACCAAACCCCGACAACUCCCAUCCGAUCAGGCUCUCUGGGUACUCCGUCUGGCACGGACACACCAAUGAGUCGACUCUCCGGGGGUGCUACCGAUUACCAUGACGAGUUCGGCCACCUGUCGCCUGCGUACCGGGACGGGUACCUCCAGCGGCCCCCACCUCAACGGCAGCCUUCAGGCAGGAAAGUGAUUCGCAAGCAGUCGUCGAAACAUAGUAUGACACUUGAGAGUCUCCCGUCCAUCAUCAAGCAGGUGCAGUUUAAAUGCAAAGAACCUGGCUGCCCCGGUCGGUUUAAGCGCCAAGAGCAUCUCAAGCGACACAUGAAAAGUCACUCGAAGGAGAAGCCGCACAUCUGUUGGGUUCCCGGCUGCCAUCGAGCCUUCUCACGAAGCGACAACCUCAACGCCCACUACACGAAAACGCACAGCAAGCGUGGGGGGCGCAAUCGUUACGUUGCCACUUUGGAUCAAACGAGCCCGGACUACAACCCGGACUUCCGCGGCCAGUUGACGCAGGACGGUCGGCCCAUCUAUGGUUCUAAGUUGGAGGAUCCCAUCCUUGACGACCGCGAAAUGAGCGUGGAUUAUGAUGAGUGA